AUGCCAACGGACAGGAAGAUGGGUGCAAUAAAAAAGAUGGCCGAGAGGCAGCCGGCCACCGAGCGGGUGCAUCCAAGCAUGGAGCCCAUUGUUCGGGAUGGUAAAAUACGGGAGCAAAUCGAGCUGGAGAGUAAGGUUCGUCGGGAGUACCAGAAAAAGUGGGGCUUCAUAGCGGAACCGGAAUCGACGGAGUAUUUCGAUCUCAAGAAGAACAACCAACGGCUGAAGGAGAUAUACCAGCGCAGGAACGAGAAGAUUAAUCUGCACGAGUACAAUGGCCACGGGGAGUCGUACUUUGUGUCGAAGCAGAUGUUCAAGACUCUGCUGGAUACGUGUCGGUGCGGAAGGAAAAAGGUAACCAAUAUGCACGCGCUGAAGUGUCUGCAGAAGCCGAAGAGUACCUACGAGAAGACGGACGACGAGGAAGAGGACGAGGAACAGGACGCAGGAAAGGUCGAUGAUGGCGGAAGCGAUAAGAGUACCAACUAUAUUCCGAAGGUGCCGGUGUUGAGUUCGGGCAUGUACGGUUGGCCCAAGAACCGCUACGUAGCGAUGGAAAAGACCACCUACUACAUCUCCCCUCGGUACACCAUGCCCGGUCAGCCGAUCGUGGACAGUCAUCCGUACAGCAACAUCCUGCUGGGAUAACGUUCUCAUUUUUUUCUACCAAAGAAAACCAUCAUCGCCAUUUUCCGCUUUC